AUGGAGGACGACGAUCACCUGCGCAGCCUUAAGGCCCUCACCGCCGACGACACAGUCUGGGAGGGCUUCGACCCCUCUGCAUGGCGCGACAUCCCUCCCCAAGAGACAGCCGCCAAGGUCGGGCCGUCGUCUGCGGUUCAAGACCAGGACGAAACUGCUGAUUAUUCGUCGGAUGACUCGGCACCCAUGAUCUUCAACCACCACAAGCUCACCAAGGCAGAGCGCGCCAAGCAUGGCAUCCCCAUGAACCGGACGCGCCAGAAUUUGGCGGAAGACCAGGAAGUUCCACAGAGUCGUGUGCCGGAGAAGUUGGAGAAGGUCAGGUGGAAGGAAACUGGGCUCCGCAUGGGCGAGGUUUCGCCCAAGGGAGAGGUCUUCGUGGCGUUCAGGCUUGUCACGAGCUACCCCGACAUGUUCAUCGGGAAGGCCAACAGCACCCGUGCGGCCCCUUUCUUCACAGUCAAAGCUCUUCAUCAGAAGUGCGAGUGGGAUCUCUACUACAUGCAUGCGCCGCCCGAAAUGAACAUGGACAAAGCUGUGAUUUUUGUGCCCACUUACCAAUUCCAGCAUGUCCUAGAUGCUGUGAACGCUAAGCUCGACACUCAGCUCACGAUCCCUCCUGGCAAGAACGAGGCAAGAUUCAAGAUGACGUUCGGUUUCGGGAACACGCCUAGGCCGCGCUAUUUGGGCCGCUCCAGCAACCCUACAACGUUCAGAAGACUCUGCAAAUCGACCCCGGGGCCUCAUCGGGAUGAUGAUAUCUCGAAAGUGGAACGGCCCGACCUUGAGAAGUUUCGGCACCUCAUCGCGAGGACCCGUGCGGAUAGGAAGAAUCGGAGGAGGGCCGAUAAGAACCGCACGAAACGCAUUGCGAGCCAUAAGGCAUGGGGUCGGUCCAUCAAGCGAGUCCAGCGAUACCUAGGUCUCCGUCAGAGGGCAGGGGCUGCUGAUAUCAACCCCGUCAUCGAUCUCAGUCAACCAACCGCCGUGAAGCCGGAGAACUCUGUCAUGUUUUUGGCCGUUGAUGUUGAGGCAUGGGAGCGAAACCAGGACCUGAUCACCGAGGUUGGCAUAGCUAUGUUGGAUACGAUCGAGAUCCAGAACAUUGCGCCUGGUGACGGCGGGCAGAACUGGUUUCCGUACAUCCGGGCUCGUCAUCUCCGUGUCAGAGAGAAUACCUGGGCCGUGAACAGGCGCUACGUCCAUGGCUGCCCGGACCGCUUCGACUUUGGACGGAGCGAAUUUGUCCAGAAAGCCCAAAUCGAACGGAUUCUCCAACAACUGGUCGAAGGCGCGACCUUCACUGAUCCGGUCGACGGGGUCACCAAGCAGCGGCCCGUGGUGCUCGUCUUCCACGAGGCAGCCUCGGACAUCAAAUACCUGAGGCUGCUUGCCUACCACGUGGAGGCGGCCCGUAACGUGCUUGAGGUUAUCGACACGCGAAUGAUGCACCAAUACCUAGUCCGGAGCAACGAUUCGGCCAGCCUGGCGACCGUCCUCAACUGCCUCCGCAUCCCCUACCGCAAUCUGCACAAUGCCGGCAAUGACGCCGUCUAUACGCUGCAGGCCAUGGUCGGCUUGGCGGUUGCGGAGCGGUUGAAGCGCCCUAAGGAGGCUGCUAACAAAGCGACACAAACACACAUUCCGUAUAACGAGAGCAAGCAGGAUGAAGGGGAAGGGUGGAGCAGCAAUGAGGAUGACGACGGCGGUGAUGCAGACGAUUCGUUCCGCACUGUUUUCGCCGAGGAGAGCGGGGUUGCCAUCUGGUGCGAGUAA